AUGGCUGAGAAAUAUGACAAAAAUGGCUACAAUGACAGUGAUUUUAAAAGAAACUCUUCACUUAAUGUAAAACAAGAUGAAGAGCUUGACCAAGAACAAGAUGGCGAAGAUGGAUCCAAAAUAAAUGAGAAAGCUGGUGAAUACAUGAGGGAAUUGCUAAGUGAAAAAAUAAAGCUAAACAACACUAAAUUUCCUAUAUCGUCAAGACUAAUCGACCAAGAGGUGGCAAAAGUGCAAGCAUCGGGCCGAAUACCACCUAAGGACUUCAAAUAUUUAGAUGUCUACAGAGAAAAACCUAUCAAAGUUACUGUAAAAGUUUUGGUACCUGUCAAGGAACACCCUAAGAUAAACUUUGUUGGCAAGCUACUGGGUCCUAAAGGCAGCAAAAUGAAACAGUUGCAAGAAGAAACAAUGUGCAAAAUGGCAAUUCUUGGUAGAGGAUCAAUGAGAGACAGACAAAAAGAAGAAGAGCUUCGCAAUUCCCUAGACCCUAAAUAUGCUCAUCUUUCUGACGAACUUCACGUAGAAGUAUCAGCUCUGGCCCCACCUGCAGAGGCCCAUGCCAGAAUUGCAUAUGCCUUGGCCGAAGUGAAAAAAUACUUGAUCCCAGAUCAUAAUGACAUGAUGAGGCAAACACAGAUGAGGGAAAUUAUGGAUAGAGAUACGCGGAUGGGGCCCUUACUAGAAGCGCCAGAAAACAACGUGGCAUACAGUUGCACCAUCACAACACGAUCCCUAUCCUACCAGAAUCCCAUGCUUAGGACACCAGGUGGACCUCCCCCUCAUCAGGCUCCAAGGGCUCCAGCACCACCACGCAUGCCCCCUGCUCCUCAUCACGCUCCUAUGCGACCAAUGCCUGCGAAGACCAAGGUCUUCAGCAUUCUAGACAGGGCCCGUACUGCCAUGGAAUCAUCAUACUCAUAUGAUGAUCCUUAUGCUGCUCCUGAACCUCCAAUGCAACGAGGCCCGCCCCGCGCGGCGCCCGAGCCGGACUACUACUACGACCGCAACCAGGAGCGCUUCUACGAAGACGACUCGUACUACAAGGACUCUGGUCGCGAGUUCAAGACGUCCGCGCGCGACGUGGGCACGCGCCGCCCGCACGCCGCGCCGCCAGCCCACCAGCGCCACUACGCGCGCGCCUCGCCGUACGCGCGCGCGCCCAAG